UCGCUACAUAAAAUGCGAAAAAACGGAAUCGCGGAGAACUGUAACGCGGAAAAGUACAUUAAAAAGAUUCGUUUCUCGUGUUCGUGUUUUUUUUUUGCUUCGCUCAACAACACACAAGAUUUGAUUGCCAAAUAAUCUCUGCUUUUUAGUUGAUAAAUACAAAAAACGCGUUGUAAGAAGCAGUGCUAGAUGAAGGAAUAAGAAAAUGAGACGUCGCGCUCAUGCAAAGUAGAAGAAAAAGAAGGCACAUACACACAUACAAACAUACAUACAUACGCACGCACGUCGUCUUUGCGAAGGAAUAUAUGUAUCUACAUAUGCAUAUGGAUGUAUGAGUGUGCGCUGGUGCUGGUGUUGUGCGGUCGCGCUUGUGUGUAUGUGUGAGUGUGUGUGUACGUGCGUGCGUUAGCAGCAGCAGCAGCUACUAUUGGCAGAGCAGCAGCAGAGCGCGUCUGACUGACUCCAUGAGAAGAAGGGGGUGAGAGGACGACAAGAACGACGGCAGCAGUGUUUGAGCGUAACGUUUGAGAAUAACGUUAAAAAUGAACUGGCACAGCCGACCGCAACCACAACAACAACUACACCAUAAACGCCAAAGUACGUACGAUGUUCUACUACGGCUAUUACUGUGAUAUUUGGAUUUAAAAAGCCAACAAGCCGUCGAAGCGUCUUUCUGGUUUUGUCUUUUCUGCCUCUGCUCGAAGCGAAACAAAAAAUAAGAGAAAGAAAAAAAAUAGCAGAGUUAUCGAAGAAGCGCAACAGCAACAGACAAAGCGGCAUCAUCCAGGGCCGUCGAAAGAAGCAGCCAGAAACAGCAGCAGCAGCAAUCGCAAGCACCUCAGUGAAUAUUAUUAAAGACUGCAGACAGAAUGGUCGUCGGCUCGAAUCACACGCGGCGCAGUGAAACUGCCGGCAGAUUUACAAACAGCAGCAGCGGCGGCAAUAGCAACGGAAAUAGCAGCAGCAGCAACAACAACGCCACCAGCGCAACGUCUUCAAUUGCAACUGCAUCCUCAACGACGACGGCGGCGGCAGCAGCAGCGACGACGUCGUCAAUGUCACAUAACAACAACAACAACAAUAAUAAUAAUAAUAACAACAACAACAACAAAAGCCAAAACGCAACUCACAGCACACUCAACAACAACAACAACAGCUCACAUCAGCAACAUCAACAGCAGCAGCAGCAGCAACAUCAUAACAAUCAUCAUCAUCAUCAUUACCAGACGCUGCCAACGAACGCGUCGUCACAUCAAAGCACUGGAACUACAACCGCAUCUGCAACAGCAUCAGCAACAGCUGGAUCGGGAUCGGGAUCUGGAUCAUCAACGCAUGGCAGCCUCAAUGGCAGUUGCAAUGGGGGCGCCGUCAGUCGAUUGUCUCAGUCGACAGGAAUGUCGCCUCGCGAGCUAUCGGAGAACGAUGAUUUGGCCACAUCGCUGAUUCUGGAUCCUCAUUUGGGCUUCCAGACGCACAAGAUGAACAUACGCUUCCGGCCCCUUAAAAUGGACACACAGCAGCUCAAGUCGAUUGUCGACGAGUUUAUACGGACGCAAAACUAUGAUGUGGCCAUACAGCGGAUCUAUGAUGGGCCCUGGAUACCGCGACAUCUCAAGAAUAAGAACAAAAUUGCCACCAAGCGAUUGCAUGAUCAUAUUGUGCGGUAUUUGCGCGUGUUCGACAAGGACAGCGGCUUUGCCAUCGAGGCGUGUUAUCGUUAUUCGCUCGAAGAGCAACGCGGCGCCAAGAUUAGCUCAACGAAACGCUGGUCCAAGAAUGAGAAAAUCGAAUGCCUCGUCGGCUGCAUCGCGGAACUAAGCGAAGCCGAGGAGGCAGCCCUCUUGCAUUCGGGCAAAAAUGAUUUCUCUGUGAUGUACAGCUGCCGGAAGAAUUGCGCCCAACUGUGGCUGGGCCCAGCCGCGUAUAUCAAUCACGAUUGCCGGGCCAACUGCAAGUUUCUGGCCACCGGGCGGGACACGGCGUGCGUGAAAGUGUUGAGGGACAUUGAGGUGGGCGAGGAGAUCACCUGCUUCUAUGGCGAGGACUUUUUCGGGGACAGCAAUCGGUAUUGCGAGUGCGAGACAUGCGAGAGACGCGGCACCGGCGCCUUUGCCGGCAAACAUUCGGCCAAUCAUCUGAACGAAGCAGCGAUGCUGGGACUGAGCAACGGAUUGGGAUUGGGAUUGAUGGGCGCUGCCGGCGGCGCCAACGGGGGCGGAUAUCGUUUGCGGGAGACGGACAAUCGCAUCAAUCGGAUCAAGAGUCGUGCGAACAGCACCAACAGCACCUCGAACAGCAACAGCAAUGACAGCAGCAACAAUGGGACAACAACUGGCGGAGUAGCGGGAGCGGGAGCGGGGGCAACACAACCAGCAACAGCAGCGGGAGGAGGAGGAGGAAUCGGAGCAGUGGCUGCUCCUGCUGCUGCUGCGGCUGGAGCAGGAGGAGGCGCAGGCGGAGGACGUCCUAAGAGCAGCAGCCUAGAGCUAAGCGCUGUCGCCUUGAUGGACAAGAAGCUCCCCAAUGUGGUUGUCUCGCCGCUGACGAUGAAAGAGUUGCGCCAAAAAGGAAUGACAAAGUACGAUGCCGAAAUGAUCAUCGCGAAUGCUGCUUACCAUCAGCAGCAACAUCAUCCACAUCCACAUCCACAUGCACAUCACCUGCCACACACAGCAGCAGCAGCAACGGGGGGGAGCACAAAUGCCGAGGCUGCCACACAGGCAACAGCCAUGCAGAAGCCACAAGCUGCGGCCGAGUUGCUCAACAACAACAAUCAACGCGGAGCGUCGAUGAAUGUGCGCAAAUCAAUGCGGGUGAACAGCACCAGCAGCAGCAUAUCGACAGCCUCCACGGACGAGCCGUUGGCCAGCUACAACAGCAGUGGAAGUGUGGCAGCAACCACAACAACUACGACUGCAGCGGCAACAACCACAAUUGCAGCAGCAGCCACAACUGUUGUGGGACAUGCUAAGGCGCCUGUGGUCUUGAUGCCGCGUUACAAACCAGCAGCAGCCGCUCUACAACAACAACAACAGCAGCAGCAGCAGCGUCAGCAACAGCGACAAUUGCGACGCAGCGAGCGACAAACGCAGCGACAAAAGGCAUCGGACAGCGGCCAAAUGUUGGGGAAAUAUUUAACGGACAGCGAAAGUAGCGAUACGGAUUUCCAGCAGCUGCAGCAACAACACAAGGUUUUUCUAUGCAGCGAGCUAAGCGCCGACACAACAGCAGCAACCACAACAACAGCAACCACAGCAGCAGCAGCAGCAACUGCAUCGGAUAAGCGUGUGACGCGCAACAGCGCUGGACGAGCUGCAGCGGCAGCAGCAGCAGCAACAGCCACUACAACAACAGCAUCAACAACAUCAGCAACCAUAACUGCCCAUAACAACAACAGCAGCAACAUUAAAACAACGAUUACAAAUUGUAAUAAUUUAAAUAAUAGUAAUAGCUGUAGAAAUAAUCUUAGCAGUAGAUUUAGUGAACGCAAACUGAAGCCAGCAGCAAGCGAGCCGGCAGCAGCAGCAGCAGCAACAACGCUGGGUGAACAACAACCACAACAACAACAACAACAACAGCAGCAGCAGCAGGCAACGACAGCAACAGCAACACGCAGUCGGAGCAACAGUCCCGCCUACAAGAAGAACCUCAUGGCUAGCUUUGAGCAAGCAACAACUGGCGACGCAGCAACCACAACAUCAGCAACCACAACAACAAAGCGACAGGCGGCAGCAACUGUUGAUCCAAUCGAACCGGGCAAACACAAACGCAGCCGUCGAGCUGCAGCUUUGGCAGCUGCUCAACAUAUUCACUGUGAAGCCGUUGGCAGCGUUUCCCAACGCAAGCGACAACAGCAGCAGCAGCAACCACAACAGCAGCAGCAGCAACAACACGCAACAGCAGCAGCAGCGACCACAGCAACGACAGCAAUCAGCAGCAGCGCUGUGGAGCCGCUGCUCAAGACACCGGAGCGACGAUUGAAGCUAACGUUGCGGAUGAAACGUUCGCCCAUCCUCGACGAAGUCUUUGAACUGGGGACGAGUCUCCACAGCAGCCACAGCGAGGAGCGGGGACAACAUGCGCUGCACAACGGCGGCAGCCACAACAGUCGAGCGGGCAAUGCGGUGGCCAGCAGCGGCCACAGUGGCAGCAGCCACAGCGGCAGCAGCCACAAUGUGGCACGCAACAGUUGCAGCGGUGGCAACCACAACAACAACAAUGCAACAAGCAGCAGCACAACUGGAGUUGAGUAUGAAAUACUGCGCAUGGAAGGCAUCUCAGAGCAUGGCAACGAUGAUGAUGAAGAGGAGGAGGAAGACGACGACGAGGACGAUGAUGAAGAGGGAGAGGGAGAUGAGGAGGAGGAAGAUGACGACGACGAAGAGGAUGAAGAGGAGGAAGAGCUUGAUGUAGAGGAGGAAGAUGCGGAAGCGGAAGUUGAAGCUGAAGCAGAGCCAGCAAUCGAAGCCUCCGAGUGGCGAUACAAGGAGAAAACGCGUCGCACUCGGCGUUCGGCAGCAGCAGCAACAACAGCAGCAACUAGCAGCAGCAGCAGCAGCAACAACAACUGCAACAGCAUCUAUGGCACGCCACAAAAGAAGCGACUGCGCUUGAUCUUUGGCAACGAGUCGCACACGAUAGACAUUCCACCAACCAACACGACGACAACCACAACAACAGCAGCAACAGCGAUGACAGCCACAUCAGCAGUGGGAAGCACAGCAUCAGCCACAGCUGCAGCUGGCAGCAGCAGCGGCAUCGAUGAGCUCAACAGCAGCAGCAACGCCGACAACGAAUCCUUUAAUGCAUCGUAUGCGAGCAGCAGCAGCAUCAACACAUCAUCGCUUAACAGCAGCACGACAGCUGAGUCGCCAGCAGCUGCAGCAACAGCAGCAGCCACGACAACGGCAACAUCAUCCACAUCGACGUCGACAGCAACUGCAACUCGAUUGCCAGCAACAGCCACAACAGCAGCAGCAGCAGAUUCACCCACAUCAACAACAUCUUCGAGUGUUGGCUCAUUUCAAUCGGCUUGCACUUCCACCACCAAUUUCUUUACUCGUUCCAAGUCACCGCUGAACGGAAGUCGCAGCAACAGCAACAACUACAUGGCCUACUACCAACAACAGCAGCAGCAACAUCAACAGCAACAUCAACAGCAACAGCUCAACAAGUUUGGCAAACGCAGCGCAGAUCAAGCUCAAGCAGCUGUUGUCAGCAGCAGCAGUGGCAAUGGCAACAGCAACAGCAGUCACAUCAGCAACAACAGCAACAACAACAACUGCAACAGCAACAUUACAAGCAGCAGCAGCAGCAAUGGCGCCACAGGAGCACCGAGCAGUGUUUCCAGUUCGCACACAUUUUUGCCACAAGCGUUAACCAUGAUGCCGAAGCAUACUUUUGGCACUUGCGCGCUUCUGGCGCCAACCAGCUUUGCCAAUCUGCAACACCAGCAGCAGCAACCACAGCAGCAGCAGCAGCAACAUCAAAUAAAGCUGGUAGCUGCCGCUUCCUCCUCCUCAUCGUCAUCAUCCUCCUCCUCUUCGCCUAUUGUUGCAGAGCAACAGCAGCAGCAACAACAACAGCAGCAGCAACCAUCGUCUUCAUCGCCACAGCAGCAGCAACAUCAUCUCCACCACCACCAUCAUCAUCAUCACCAUCAUCACAAGCAGCAGCAGCAGCAACAACAACAACAGCAGCAACAUAGCAACAAAUAACCAACGACUGAUCUCUACGCGUAUUGACUGCGCUGCUGCCAUUGCCAACAACAGCAACAACAAGAACAACAACAACAAACGACAGCAACAACAACAACAACAAGUCUGCCGCCUGCCCUUGCUUGCUGCUAGCUACAGUACGCCCCCCUCUCCCUGUUCCGCCCACUUAAGUUUGCUAGUGUGCGACACACACACACAUACACUCUUUCUCUGUCUGUCUAUAAAUCUUACAUUACAUUGACGCAGUCUGGCAACACCGUCACUCUCGUGUUCUUUCUUUGUCCUGUCCAAAUGCCAUUCAAUCGGGUGGGUGGGGGAGAAAGAAGCAGAAAAAGAACAAUAACUACCAACAACGUCUUUUGUAAAUGCAAACUUUGAUUACAAAUUUCUUUUUUUUUUUUGCUUUUCUUUCUAUUUUUCUCUCUCUUUCCCGCUCUCUCUCCUUUUCUUUCUUUUUGCCAUUUCAGAUGGAUAUUUAAAGCAUAAAAGUAGCAAAAAAGCGAAUAUUAUACAUUAUGAUGUUGCAGGUGGUGGUCAUGAUGAUGAUGAUGAUGAUGAGGAUAAAGAUUAUGAUGAGAAUGAAGUUGAGAUUAAUAUGAAUAACAACAACAGCAGCAGCAGCAACAAAAACAACAACAAUGCCAAUUAUAAUACUAAUAAUAAUACCAGCAGCAGCAGCAGUAA